AUGGCUCCCAAUCCAGAUAUUGAUCGCGUGGCGACCGUCGACGAGGAAACCAUCGAUAUUGGUGACAAAGAGCAAAUCAAGAUAGCAGAGGAUGGCACUGUGGUUGACCAUGGCCUGCACCGGGCACUGAAGCAGCGUCAUCUGCAGAUGAUAGCUCUGGGGGGUGUCAUUGGUGCGAGUAUCUGGUAUGGAACUGGGUAUGCAAUUACCGACUCGGGUCCGAUUGGUGCCUUCAUCUGCUUCAUCAUCAUCGGCAUCGAUGUCUUCUUCAUCAUGCAGAGUCUCGGCGAACUGGCGACAAUGUAUCCGACUACCGGCGCCUUUACCGAGCUUGCUGGAAGAUUCAUUGAUCCCGCAGUGGCUGUUGGCCUCGGAUACAACUAUUGGUAUUUGUGGGCUUCCAAUAUCGCGGCUGAAUACAAUCUUAUCAGCAUCGUGAUGAGCUACUGGACCGACAAAGUGCCCACCUACGGCUGGAUCCUGAUGUCGUGGGCAUUUUACCAAUGUCUCUCUUUCUUCGGCGUCAUCAUAUACGGUGAAAUGGAGUUCUGGCUGGCUCUCUGGAAGAUCAUCUGCGUCCUCGUCACCUUCCUCCUCACCAUUCUGUGCAACACAGGCGCCAUUGGUGGUGAUUACAUUGGGUUCCGAUAUUGGAAAACCCCUGGCCCUGUUGUCAACGGCAUCAACGGAUUCGGCCAAUCUUUUGUUCUCGCCGCCGUGUAUUACUGUGGCACGGAACUGGUGGCUAUAACGGCAGGCGAAAGCCGCAGGCCGAACAGGGAUGUACCCAAGGCCAUCAAAGCCACGCUUUUCAGAGUGGUCUUCAUAUACUGGGGCAUGAUUUUCUUUGCUGGAAUUGCGGUGGCGUCUGAUGAUCCCGCCAUUCUGACGGCCACGAGCAACACGGGCCUGUCGCCAUUCAGCAUCGCUCUUCAGCACGCAGGCUGGUCGCAUGGUCCUGACCUGAUCAACGCCUUCAUCUUCACGGCGACAUUCUCUGCGGUCAACUCGUCCAUAUACAUUGCGUCACGGACGCUCUACUCCCUCGCAGACUCAGGGCGUGCACCUCGAUUUCUCGCAAAGACAGGCUGGAGGGGCGUUCCCGUGUACGCGGCCAUUGCCUCGAACGCUGUCGGUCUGUUGGCGCUCAUCAACGUUGCAAGCGGCGCUGGAAAGGUCUUUGGCUACCUGAUCGAACUGUCCGGCGCCGCGACCUUCAUUGCCUGGGCGUGCAUUGGCAUCACGCAUAUCCGUUUCCGACAGGCGUGGAAACUCCAAGGCCAUACGCCGGAGGAGCUACCGUUCCGAGCCUUCCUGUAUCCGUGGGGCGCGUACUUCAUCUCCGGGCUCAAUAUCUUUCUGCUCUUCAUUCAGGGUUACGGAACGUUGCUGACGCCGUGGAAGCCAGUCGACUUUGUCUUCUCCUACAUUGUCAUUGUCCUGUUUGUGUUGCUUCUUGUUUUCUGGAAAGUGUACAAAAAGACAAAAUUGGUGAAUCUGGCCGAAGUUGACUUGCAGUAUGGCAGAAGGACGUACUUGACCGGGCCUGAUGAAUCAGAAGAGAAGCCAUCCAUCCUCACGCGAGCAACACGGUCGCUUGGUCGACGAUUCCGAGCUUGA